AUGUUUUUGUCAUCAAUAAUACCUGAAAUAAAUGAAUUAACAGUUAUUAUUUUGCCAACCUUAAUUUUAUGUGAUCAAUAUAUAUCAAUUUGUACAAAUGCAAAAUUACCAUAUACUGCAUUAAACUCAAAUGUUGAAGAAAGUGAAAAAAAAUUAUUAGUUGAAGAAUGUUUAAAUGAUCUAAAAAAAUUUUGUGAAAAAUAUAAUAUAAUUAUUACAACACCAGAUACAUUCAUUGGUGAUGAUUGCCGCAUUAUAGUUAGUACACUUUAUGAAGAAAAUCUUUUAAAAAGAAUUGUCGUUGAUGAAGCUCAUUUAACAUUUGAUCAUGGUUUAACAUUUAGACCUAAUUAUAUUAAAUUAUUAACUUAUUUUAUUACUAUAAAUAAGACACAAUUUAUUUUUUGUUCUGGUUCAUUAAUAAUUAAAGCAAUCACUAAAAUUAGCAAAAUAUGUCAUAUCAAAAAUUAUAAUACACUUCGUGGCUCAUGUUUUAAAUCUAAUAUAAUUAUUAUACAUAUUAGAAAAGAAACUUUAAUUGAUCUAAGUAAUUAUAUCAAUGGAAUAAAAAGAUUACAAAUAAUACGAAAAAAUUAUUUUAAAGAAAAACCUUUUGAAGUAUUAGUUAUAGUUAGAAGUUUGAAAAAAGUUAAAGAAUGUACUACUAUAUUUAAAAAAAAUGGUUAUUCUGUAACAACAUACAAUUCUACUCUUACAAAAUAUGAAAAAAAAAAUCUAGAGAUAAAUAUGAAUCAAAUAAUAAUAUUGCUUUUAUAA